UCCUCUUUCUCUCCCUGGAUCCAUCCCAUUGUGGAAUCCACACCAACCGGCAGCCGGGGAGAGAGCCGCCACACCACCUCCCCGCCGUCGAAAGGAAUCCAGGGGAUCAGCGGGCCAGCGGCGGCGCGGCGAUGGGGAUCGGGGAGCACUUCGAGGGCCUCAAGCAGCACUGGGCGCGCAACUUCGCCUUCCUCGACUAUUUCAAGAAGGUCUACGGCCGCGCCGAGCCCCUCCCCAAGUGGUCCGACGCCGACGUCGAGGAGUUCAUCGCCUCCGACCCGGUCUACGGCCCCCAGCUCAAGGCCCUGCGGGAGUCGAGGAAGUUCGCGCUCGCCGGGGCCCUCGCCGGCGCCGCCCACCUCGGCGGCGUCGCGUUCAAGUACUCCAAGGCGCCGCACGGCGUCGUGCUGGCGACCGGGUUCGGGGCGAUCACCGGCGCCGUGCUGGGAUCCGAGGUGGCGGAGCACUGGUACCAGCUCUACAAGAUGGACAAGCAGGGGGCCAACCUCAGGUUCAUCUACUGGUGGGAGGACAAGGUUUCAGGUCUGUUCCUUGUGCCGUCCUGCCCCCCUUGCUUCAUAUCAUGGUCAGAAGAGCUGAACCACAUUAAUGAUGCAUAUGUGAGCAUACCAGCUUGACAAAACAGUGAUCUUCUGUGGAAUUUGUAGUUUUUGCUUCCUAGUUUUUUCCAAUAAGGUGCAUAUUGGUUGUGGAAAUCAACUGGAGAAUGUACUUUACUCUAUCGUGAGUGAUGUUUAUCCUUAGCACUCUACAAUCCUUAUGCUUGCUCUAGUGUAAACAUUAACCCGAUCUUUUUUAAGACACGUUUCCUUGAAUGAUUAGUUUGCAGCUAGUAGUUACAACUAGCAAUUGAUCCCAGACAAAUAAAAAAGUUGUGUGCCGCAUUCAAAACCA